AUGGCUGAAGACUCCACCGCCGCCUGGCCCAUCGCCGACGAGACUCUCUCCCAGAGCCUCCUCGACCUCGUCCAGCAAGCCGGACACUACCGCCAGAUCAAGAAGGGUGCCAACGAGACCACCAAGACCCUGAACCGUGGUACCUCCGAGCUCGUCGUCCUUGCCGCCGACACCACCCCCCUCCCCAUCAUUCUCCACCUUCCCCUGCUGUGCGAGGACAAGAACGUCCCCUACGUCUACGUCCCCAGCAAGAUGGCUCUCGGUCGUGCCACCGGUGUUUCCCGCCCCGUCAUCGCCGUCUCCAUCACCACCAACGACGCCAGUGACCUCGCUGCUUCCAUUCGCGAGAUCAAGCUCCAGGUCGAGCGUCUCAUGAUCUAA